UGUUGUGUACUCUACCAUCGAAGAAUUCGUUGAACUUGUAAAAUCUCAUUCCCAACCUUUCUCAAGUUGAAAGACAUUCCUCCAUCUCAUGGACAGGAAGUAGGUCAACCUAUUUUUAUCAAGAAUUCAUUUUGGUGGAAUGAUGGCUGGAUUAUCUGAUCAAUUUGAUAAUCGAAGAGAUAAUCUUCUCGAGCAAUUGCACUUGUCGGAAUGGGCGGCAUUGGAAAAACUACGAACAUCAAGGUAAUAAUUGUGAAUCAACUUCAUUACUACACUCGAUUACUCCUAAUAAGCUGAUAUCUCGGAUUGAAUUACUGAAUUUUUUCGUUACUGAUGCCCUCUGAUAUGAGAUUGAGUAAUUAGACUAAAUGCAUAAAUAAGAAAUAAGGAAUGUGUGUGUGGGUGAUUCAGUUUACGUGCUUUAUUAAACAAGAACUCUACCGUUUGAUUUAUGUGUUUGCAGAUUCAUAUCUAAUUUUGGCCCUAUAUUUAUGUAUUCAUAUAUAACUGAUCACUAUAUGAAUUGUUCUAAAAUUCUCUGUGCCUUUUCUCUUGCUUCUGAUUCUAUGUUCUAAAAUGUGUGUCUUGCAUUUUGGAGAUUUUUUUUGUGAGAGGGCAUCGGAAUUUGAGGGGAUUAACAUACUUGAAUUUUAUUGGCAAUUUCUCUGCAAAACUGUGAACCAUAGAAUAGAAGAAUGAGAAUAUGAAAUUAAAUCUCCGUUUCCGAUUAUGUGUCCCACCUUGACAUUUUUAUAGGUGAAGGUUGACAUUGAGUUGACAUUAUAUUAACAUGUCAACUUCGUUUUUAGCGAGAGGUGUGCGUAUUAUGACGAUGUUGUUUAGUUAAAUAAACAAUCAAUUUUACUCUCUCAAACCUAGGUCUGACAAUCAGACACGGACACACACACAAUUAAUGUGUUUGUGUUAAGCCUGACUGGAUUUGUGUCAUUAGUUAAACUCCAAAAAUUGACUCAUUAUGAACAGAAAAUUUUCGAGUUGGAUUAAUUUCACCAUUUUGGGCCAUCUCCUAAAAUUAGAAUAAACAACUAAACACUACUAAUUGUGUGGAUCUCACAAUCCAUUAAUACUACGUACACUAUCUUUUCUCCUUCUCUCUCUUUUUUACCAACUAAACAUUAAAACCUAUGUUGUUUCAAAUGUGCUAUUUUUAUGGGACGAAGAGAGUAUAAUAUAAUUCAUUCAUUAGUGUUAGGUACCUUAAAGGUUAGUGAAUCCCGAAUCCACUAGUUCCAACUUCUCUAUUUCCCUCACAUUACUUUCUUUCCAUUUUCCUUGUAAUUUGAAAUCGCUGCCGCUCAUCGUUGGAGAGCUGGAGUCCGCUGCUAGGUGCCAUUGUUGUCGCCCGCGUCCUAGUUCUAGUAAGGUUUUUAUCUUCUAAUAAUAUAUGGAGUGGUAAUGAAGUUUUACCAAAAUUGUUAUAAAGAUUUCUACCAAACGAGAUAUAGUAUUAGAUAUUUAGAUGUUGAGUUUGGUCAUUCCAAAUUUGGUGUAAAGUUAUCUUCUAUAUUUUUGAAAUCAUCUUAUAAAUUUUGAAAGUUUUUUAGUUUGGAAAUUAGUUUAUACUUUGCAGAUUUAUUAAGGGCUAAUUGCCUGAAAAUUCAUGAACUUUCACAAAAGUUUGGUUUUUUCGUGAACUAUAAAUGUUGCUUUACAAGUCAUGAACUUUACCCUCGAGUACCGAUUUCCCAUAUCGGUUAUUCUAGCUAAGCAGUGUGUUAAUGUCGAUAUUUACGCUGACGUGGAAGAUGAGUUGGCUGGUGAGUGUUUGGGGACAUGGAAAAUUUUAUUUUAUUUUAAUAAACAAAAGCAUUACACUUAUCCCCCAUCCCCAAAUCCCAAAAUUCACUAUCAAUUGAAACAAAACUCUAUCCUACGAAUUGGCAAAACCCAUCUGCGAUUCUUCUCAAGUGCUCCCAUCUUCUGCGGCGGUUACGGCGACGGUGACGGUGACGAGGGCUACGGAAUCCGAUGACGCCACCGACUCUGGAUGAUGUUUUUGGCCUCUACAUUCACCAUGGGGGACAUUUCAUUUCAAAUGUUGAGGAAUUGAAUAAAAUAGAGAUUGGCACCUCCAAUCAUCGGCGCGCACUUCUUCCAUUUCUCACACCUGCAGUUAUUUAAUUGUAGAAAUGGGAGGGUCAUCAUCGGAACGCUCAACUACACACUCCGAUGACUUACCACCACUUGGUACUUUAGAGUUAUUGGACGAGAACAGUGAAGGAGAACAUUCAACCGGUGAUAGCAUUGAAGGUGGGGCAAGUGCAAGUACUAAUAAUGCAAAAAAAGAUGGAUUUAAGAAGGACGCAAGAGGCUGCAUCUAUGUACAUCUUAGGGAUGGAAAAUUGUGUCCGACCGACUGGUGUAGUGGCCAACAUAUGCAAUAAGUCUUUCAAGCACAUAGUUGACUCGGGAGGAUACAACCAGGCAACGCUUUCAGAAGAAUACAUUGAUCAUUAUUAGAAAGAAUUUCAUGUCAAAUUGUGCAUUUUAUAUUUAUAUCUCAAUUAUCAUAAAUUAUAUAAUACUUUAUUAUUUUGCAGAAAGGUGCAAACUGUGAAGCUUAUGAUCAAAUGCUAUGCAAGAUAGCAGUGCAAAGCUAGAUACGGCGAUUCCAUGGGUUAUAAGAGAAAGUCAAUGAAGAAACCGGCCUACUUCAUGGAUGUCCAGUGGACGACAUACACCGAUGCCUGGAAGCUUCCUGAGAAUAUCAAGGUUUGUGAGAGGUGCUCGACAAAUCGAAGACAGGGGCGGGAGAAGGCCUUUGGAACACAUUGUAAUGGUUGUAUUACAUUUGAAGAGACAGUUGAAAACAUGACCGAGGAAAACAACUGGAUAUUGCCUACAUUUGUAGAUGUCUUUGGUAAGACCUACACGUUCAGAACAAUAGAUUCACAUGGGAUGGUUUCGCAAAACGCCACUCAAUUUAAUGAUGAUAUUAUGAGAAGGGCCGAAGAAUUAAGAGCCGAAGGGAUAGACAAUCCGGAUUUAGAUGCCAUCUUCUUGGAGCUUCAUGGGAAGGUGAAGAAGAGAGAGCAGAUUCCCGGUGCAGGAAGUGUAACAAAAUUAUACUUCCCAUCAGCUACUUCAGCAUAUGCAUCUGGACGUUUGACCGGCGGCGACCCUAGGAAGAUGGACAAGCUCUACGAGCAACAACUUCGAGAAGAGCGGGAGCGUAUGGAAGCCCGGAUGGAAGAGAGAGUUAGAAAGAUAGAAGAAGUGUCGGAGAAGAAAAUGGAAAUGAUGAAGGAACAGAUGCAAGAACACAUUUUAUUUCGCGUAUGGAAGGCUCAGAUAUUACAUAAAGGAGUUGACCAUGUUUCCGAGCACCCGAAAUGUGCUCGGAAAAACUGGAGUAUUGCUUGGAAACGUGCUAGGGAAUAAUUCCGGGAAGCAAAUGGCUAGUACCCUAUGUGCUCGGAAUGUGCUCGGAAAACCUUAUUUUUCCUAGCACUUUGGGGGUUUUCCUAGCAUUUCGGUGCUAGCUAAAUGUGCGUUUUUUUAGUGUCAAUUUAUUGCUCCCUUGACUCGCCCAUUUUAUUUUAUUUAUUUUAUUAUACUAUUAUUUUAUGAACAAACUAAAUCAAUACAUGCCAUAACUAGAUUUGUGUGA